GCUAUAACUUGUAGUAUCUAGUUAUUAUUCGUUAAGUAGGUAUUAAAAGAUUAAAGAACCAAUAUGAAGAGCAGCAAAUCACAAGCGAAGAAGCGAACGCCUAGCUAUUUUGUAGUUAGACAUCGAUGCAUUAAAUGUUUAACAUUAAAAUUUUAAGUCAUUAAACUAAGCAAAAGAAACCCGUUACCUGCUAGGUAUAUAAUAUUAUUUUCAAUAUAUUAUAUUGCUAUUGAGGUAUGUAGAGCUAUUAAGUAUUGACAAUCGUUUCAAUUGAAUGGAAUAGUUUGGGUUAUAAACAGUAUACACCUACCUAUAGUGAAUAUCGCUACCUAUAUAUAAUAUAGGUACCUACUUACCUAAGUAUAUCUAUAUAAAUGCUUUUAUACAGAACCGUUCGGUUCAAACCACGAUUGAUUGCUUUGUAUAUAGGUACCUACUAAAAGAAGAGACUAUAUUGACUAAUAUCCAAUAAAUUAUUUCACUAUCACAAUGUGUAAAUUGGUCACAGAGACUCUGCAAGUGUAGCUAAUAUGUUUGCCACACACAAUGAAAUGAACAACAGAAAUACUAUGCAUGCGAAAGUAUAGGUAAUGAAAAAUAACAGUACUCAAAAUUUGAUGACUUUUAUAGUUUUAAUAUAGACGGUGAUGCCAAUGGUGGUCUAGAUUUAUUCUAGAAUCAGUAUUUUGAACGCACGAAUAAGUUACACUGACAUUUUAAAGGACAGGCGUGCGAGUCCGUGAACCGUUAAAUAAAUUCAAGACUCAAGUUUUCCUCUUUUUUUCUCUAGAUCAGUACUCUGAGUGGACUUGCGAUGGCUACAGUGUUUUACUGAUUCAGUUAUUUUUAACGAUCAUAAUAUAUAUUUAUAGUCAAUAGAAGACACAAUAUAACACCAGCAUAUAGGCAAGUCAAAAUAAAAUAGAAAUCAUCAAAAAUGAAUUUUUCUACAUCAGUAACUGAAAAAAUUAACGAAUUUUAUCAAUGGUCUUUAUCAGUUUCAGAUGAUAGAACGAAAGGUUGGUUGAUGGUUGAUUCUCCAACGCCAACCGUAAUCUAUACAAUAAUUUAUUUCAUAAUCGUUGGUUUGGGUCCGAAAUGUAUGAAAAAUAGAAAACCAUUCAAGCUCACUCCCAUAUUGGUACCAUACAACAUCCUUAUGACAUUAUUAAAUUUAUACAUAGCUAUUGAACUGCUAGUGGCAUCUAGUCGUUUACGUUACAGUUAUGUUUGUCAACCACUAACAUUUAUCAAUAACAAAGACGAAUUGCGGUUAUUGAAAGCUAUUUGGUGGUAUUACUUUUCAAAACUCCUAGAGUUUUGUGAUACAAUUUUCUUCAUACUCCGAAAAAAGGAUAAACAGCUUACUUUUUUACAUGUUUAUCAUCAUUCGACAAUGUUUUCUUUAUGGUGGAUUGGAGUAAAAUGGGUACCUAGUGGUUCUACGUUUUUGCCUGCAAUGGUAAACAGCUUUAUACAUGUACUUAUGUAUUCGUACUAUGCUCUGAGUGCGUUGGGUCCUAAAAUUGAAAAGUAUUUAUGGUGGAAAAAGUACUUAACUAUACUUCAAUUGAUUCAAUUUACUACUGCGCUAUUUUUGGGUGUCCACGGAAUUAAAUCUGGAUGUAAAUUUCCAAUAUGGAUGCAAUAUUUAUUGGUGAUUUACAUGAUUUCAUUUAUUGUGCUGUUUGGAAACUUUUACGCAAACGCUUAUGUUCAAAAGGAUACUACAAAUAAGCCAAACAUCUAUAGAAAUUACAAAUACAUGAAAAAUGUGACAUGUAAAUCGAAAAAAAAUAAUUGAUUUUUUUUUUAUAAUAUUUUUCUUUGUAUUAUUAUAAUUAUAAACAAAAAGUGUAUAAGAACUGACAAUAAUUUGUUAUUAUUUAAAGAUUAUUUGUUUUGAAUUGUUCAGCCUUGACUGUUACCUAUAUUAACAUCAAACAAAAUUUAAGCAUAUAAUUUAUAAGCUACUUAGCUUAGAUAUUUAGUUACAUAUAUUAUGUAUAGAAAAUAAACAUAGUAUAUAUUCACCGACUAAGUAAAUUUUUGACAUGUUUCUAUAAAAUUAUAAACAUUUUUCUCCAUUAGUAUUUAUACUUCUUUUAUUCGUAUACACGAUUAUUUAAAUGAACUAUAUAUUUUUUUGAAAUAAUUCAAACUAAUUAGGUAGUCACACAAAUAACAUUAUAGUUGAUGGUUGUGUAUAUUUUAGUACAUACCUAGCUAUUAUAAUAUAUCAUAUUCUUACAAACUAAAAUAGCCAAUUAAGUAAAAUAUUAAUUUGUAAUAAGCUAAUAACUAAUUAAUAAGUUCAAUUUUAUUCUCCAGAAACUUAGUUAAUGUAUUAUAUAGAUGUAUGUAAUAAUAAAUAAAUUGAAAUAUUCAAUUUUAGAAUGUAUACUAAAUUGAUAUUCCUUUUAACGAGAGGAUUAAACUGAUAUGUAUAUUUACUUGUUUAUAAAUAUUUUAACCAAUAUAAGCAAUAAAUAUUGUAAGAAUAUAAAUUAAUUAAUAAGAGAAUAACGGUUGAAAAUGUUUGAACAGUGUCUAACGCAUCAUUGUAAUAUAGGUAGAUAACAAUAUCAUAUCGGAACAUUGUUAAUUAUAAUACUACCAAUCACAACAUUUCGAAUCAAUGGAAAAUAUCGAAAUUUCAAUGUUUGAUAUUACCUACUGAUAAUUUUAAUUUGAAAUGAAUACGAAGUACGAACACGUUGAAACUAGUAAAAUAGCUAUAGCAAGUACCUAAUUAAUAUAUACAUAAUAUAUUUUUUAAAUAGGCGGGCAUAUUCUAAUGUUUAUUU